AUGGUCCUGCCCAAGCCCAAUCCUACAAAAUCAUACUGGAUCGAAGCCGCUGAAUCGCCCUUGCGUGACUACCGAUCCAGCGAGACGCUCCCAGAAGAAACCGACGUCGCGAUAAUUGGCAGUGGCUAUGCUGGCGUCUCAACCGCCUAUUGGCUCCACAAAUACACAGAAGAUGCUUCCACGCAGCCACGAGUGACGAUCCUAGAAGCACGCGAUGUAUGUGGCGCUGCUACCGGGCGAAAUGGAGGACAACUACGACCACAUCUUUACUCUCGAUAUCCCAUAUGGCGCGACCGCUUCGGCGCAGCAGGCGCCAUGCAUCUAAUCCGGCACGAACACGCCCAUCUCUCCGCGUUCAAGGAACUGUGCGAUGCAGAAGGUAUUACAAAGGAAGUAUGUUUGAAACUCGGCGAGACGUUUGACGCCGCCAUGACGGACGAAGCGUGGACACGGCUCAGUCAUGCGCUGGAUGAAAUGCGCAAAGACCAUGGUGACGAAAACGAAAUCGUAAAGAUAUGUCGUAAGAUUGAAGAUGAGGUUGAAGCACAAGAAGCGACGCAGAUGAAGGGAGCGCUAAAAGCGAUUGUGCAUCCUUCAGGACAAAUAUGGCCGUACAAAUUCAUCCACGCCCUCGUGCGCAUCCUCCUCUCAACUCCCAACUUCAGCCUCUACUCCCACACCUCCGUCACCGCCGUCUCAGAGCGCAAUAGUGACGGCUACAUAACGCUUACCACGUCUCGCGGCACGCUGCGCGCAAAGACGGUAGUCCAUGCCACAUGCCGCUGGGCGUCGCACCUGCUCCCAGAAUUCGAACGACUGAUCUUACCGCAGCUAGGUGCAAUCGCAGCGAUCAAGGCGCCAGAGGGAUUUGUGAAGAUGACGGGGGCGCAGCAUUGGGAUGGCAUGAACUACCACCUUCAACUCCCCCCACCUUACAACGUCAUCAUCAUAGGCGGUGCACGCCAAUUACUCAGCCAUUACCCUGAAAUCAGUAUUUUGAACGAUGAAGACGAUAAGCAAGCGCCGGGUGUACCAGAUUUCUACAAGACGUGGCCGGCGGCGGAUGUAGUGGAUUGGCCGGGACCCAAAGUUGCGGAGUUGGGGUUUGAUGUUGAGCAAGGGGGCAGUUGGACUGGGGCCCACGAAACAAGCGCAGAUGGCUUCCCGUUUGUCGGUGCCCUGCCAUCUCGCAGCAAUCAGUUCAUCAAUGCCGGAUACACAGGACAUGGAAUGUCUCGCAUCCUUCUGUCUUCAGCAUCUCUGGCGCCGCUUGUGCUCGACGCUCUGGGACUCCAGUACAGCCCACCGCAACUCGCAGCUUCGUACCCUGCGCUGCCUCAGCCCUUCCACGCCACCGAAUACCGUAUUGCCAAGCUCCAGGAUACCGAUCCCGAAAAGGUGCUUGCCAACUACAGGGUCGAGUGUGAAGCCAGUACGCGAAAGCCAUUUUGUAACAUAGACAGAGUAAAGGGGAUCCAGUCUAGCCCUCAUCUUUAG